GUUGUACCUUCACUGCUAUCUGGAAGACCAACAAUUCAACUGGGGGUUUUCGAAAAUAAAUUGAAAUUUCCGACACAAAAAGAUUUACGAUGCAACGAGUGACCAUUGCAAUCUUGGCAAUAGGGUUUGCUUGUGGGAAUGCGGCCUUUCUAAAUGAAACGACGGAGCUGCCACCCAUUAAUGGCACCACCUGGGAACCACCCGUCAAUGGCACCACGUGGGAACCACCAGUAAAUGGCACUACUUGGGAACCACCAGUAAAUGGCACCACGUGGGAACCACCCGUCAAUGGCACCACGUGGGAACCACCCGUCAAUGGCACCACGUGGGAACCACCCGUCAAUGGCACCACGUGGGAACCACCAAUAAAUGGCACUACUUGGGAACCACCCGUUAAUGGCACCACGUGGGAACCACCCGUCAAUGGCACCACGUGGGAACCACCCGUCAAUGGCACCACGUGGGAACCACCAAUAAAUGGCACUACUUGGGAACCACCCGUUAAUGGCACCACGUGGGAACCACCCGUCAAUGGCACCACGUGGGAACCACCCGUCAAUGGCACCACGUGGGAACCACCAAUAAAUGGCACUACUUGGGAACCACCCGUUAAUGGCACCACGUGGGAACCACCCGUGAAUAUAACAACCCCUUCGAACCAAACAAUCUGGAUGAUUGCCUAUUAACCAAAGGGUACCGAAAUUUUACUCCUGGAAACAAACACUGCAAAUUUAUAAUUUCUGUCUGAUUUUUAAAAUAUUUCCUCACUAUAUAACUCUGUUACAAAUUAAUUCAUUCUACCUUAAUCGAUUCGUCUUUUAAAUAGGAAUAUAAUAAAAUGCAUAUUUAUU